GUCUAUUUCUACAAUUUAUCUUGUUAUAAUCAGAUUUUGAACCUAACCCCAUGACUAACGCUAACAUUAUAUUAAGACCAAAACAAAUGUUAGUUUAAAUAUUUUUUUUUACGAUACAGACAAUUUUGUCUUUGCGGCUGUCUAUUGGAAACCCUAGGACGAUUUGACAGCCGUCUACCUAUCAAACAUGGCUGACCAAAACAAAACAUCAGCUAAAGUAGAAUUCGGCAAUGAAUUAUUAAACCCAUCUGAGCUGUUCGAAGCCCGCACGCGCAGCCACAAGAUCCCGGUGCGCGGGCAGAAGGAUUUCAUUCCCACUGGGUCGGAUCAGCAAAAGGAUAGGCUUCAGCAGAGUUUGGACGAGCACUGGAAUCUAGUAUCUGAGGAGCGAGUGGAGAGGUUGGGGAACCUGGUGAAGGCAGUGUGGAUUCCCAGUGACAUGAAAGUGGAGCUGCAGUCACCAGCAGGGAAGUUUUGGCAGACUAUGGGGUUUUCUGCCCAUGGUAAGCAAUGUCUACAUCCAGAAGAGGCUCUCUAUCUAAUGGAGUGUGGAAACCUGCAAGUGUUCUACCAAGACCUGCCACUGUCCAUCCAAGAGGGCUAUGAGAGAUUUCUAUACUCGAAGACAAUGAGUGUACAGCAUUACCAGGUUUUUGGCCAUUUGAAGCGACUUGGCUAUGUGGUGAACAGAUUUGAUCCCAGUUCUGUGCCAUCGCAGUAUGAGAGGCAGUUGAACCUGCCCCAGUCCCUAGACAGAUCAGGAAGACUUCCGAAGAGGAAACGCAGCCACAGCCCCACCUCCAGGCACACAGGAACACAGGAGGGCCCCACUUCUAAGAGAAUGGAGGAGGAGAAAGACUGCAACAGAGAGGAAGAGGACAAGAAUCCUGACUCUCUUCCAGAUCUUUCAGCCCCAGAUAUUGACGAAAUCCAAACAGCAUCAUACGUUGACCCCACCACUUCAACCGAGGGUGGCCAGGGCAGGAGCUGGUGGUCAAAGGAAGGCUCCCCAGACCCUGACUCUGAGCUGCCAGGUCAGCCCCAGAGUUCCCCUCGCUGGGACUUCAGCUCCAUCCCCUUCCCAGACCUGGGCUCCAGAAGCUGGCUCCCCAGCAGCCUGACCUCCCCAGACCCCUGCCUGCUGCCCGGCGCUGUGGGGUCAGUGGGGGCCUGCGAUGUGGCCCCCUGGCUGCAGAGGCUCAACCUGCGGGAGGUGAGGAUGUCCCGGCGUGAGUGUGAGAGGGAGCGGGACAGGGACCGGUACCGGAGGGACAUCAACCAGGACAGAGAGGUACGACGUUGCAGGAACUGGGCGGAGUACCAGGAGCUACAGGGGAGAAGGAUUCAACGGAGCCGCAGAGAUAGGCCAACACACCUGUGGGAGGGGCCGGUCACACCCCUACAUGACCCUGCACAGGUCACUUCAACUGGUGAGCUGCUGGAUAAAAUCAGUGUGAUCAAAUCCACACGGCUGCUGGAGGGAGCAUCCAGUUUGAAAGGUUCAGAGGAGUGGAGAAUCUGUUUCAACAUUUACCAACCCGACACGGUAGCUGAAUUCAAAAAGAGCGCUCCUGGAAAACCCUAUUCCCGCAUGUGUGUGUGCAGUUUCGAUGGUCCAGUGCCUGACUUGUGGACACUGAAAUUGCUGGCUUUCCAGAGUGGGGACGUCCUGGUCACCUAUGCAGUGGUGGACCACGGGGACAUCUCCUUCUACUCCUUCAAGGACUUCCAGAUACCCACAGACACGUCCUUCUGAGGGCCUGACCACAGUAAACAGUCACACAGCCCUGGUUUAACCAUGCCAGGGCUGCCUGCGGUGGAUCUGAAACUCUGCAACUGGAACUAAUGCCAAAGAAAUGAACAAAACGUAAUUAUCUUAGUGAAUUGAUGAACGGCAGUCCUCACACUGUUUGAUGCUGUAGUAUGCCUUCCUCCUGUGUUGCAGACUUCUUUUAGUGGCAUAUGAUCAUCUGUAUCUGAAGGCAACCUACAUUGUCACCUCUCCAAACAAUGUCACCAUGUCUUAUACCAAGCGUGGUUUUGUAAAGCCUCUGAAGAUUUUGAACCAAAUUGGCUCGGUUUUCUUCUGCCUUUAUCUCAUCACCACCAUUAGUUUUCUGGUAUUCAUAUACUGUAUCACGAGUGGCUUCACAAUGUAUGCACUUAGUAUAGAUGCGGUAUGUGUAGAUCAUGCGUAUAUCUCAGCCCUUUAUUUUUGUCUAUCUGCCCAUAUUUUAGAUCCAAUCAGCUUUACUGACUGGCCUUUUGUUGUUGUAACCUCACAUGUUUAAGUUACCUGACUCCUGUUCUCUUGUUUUUUUUGUUUCACAUUGCUUGUAAAUGAUGGCCUGUAUCUGUAGAGUUUAUAUUCACAUUAUGUCUUUGUGGUUGAGUUAUUGGUGCAUUGUUCUCAUUGUCCUUCCUAACAAAACCAAUCCCCCAAACCCAAGUAAUGCCUACCAUACACUUCUGCCCAUUACAUAAAGAAAACAACCUUUAUUCUACUUUUAUGACAUCCUGUCUGAAAUCUAUGGGACUAGUAAGCCUGUGUAAUAACAUUUUCUUUACAUUUCCUUUGGAUGGCCUAAUCUGAAGAUGUAAAGCACAUACUCUUCUCUCUUAUAUCAGUCCACAAACUCAGUGGUGUUAAAACAUUGAGAUGAGGUUAUUGACCACACCCUGCUCCUCUCAGCUCUAGCUUACCAGCAAACCCUGUCCAUCAGUCCUUCUGUGAUGUGCAGUACAAUAAAUACACUGGAUUUCCACCCUUCA